GUGCCAGAAAGGGCUUCCCCACUAAGCCACCCCUCCUGGCUCUGACGCCCAGAAGAAGAAUGGCUAGUAACCCACAAAAAUCAUUCAGAGGAAGGAUGAGCAAUUCAUCUUGUGUCAGAGAGCCUUUCUUGAAGAUGGUCCAUGCCAAUGAAUCCCUCCCGACCCACCAAACGUGGGUUCAGCGCGAGUUCCUUCUCCCCAGGGAGACCUGCGAGUUACCUGGCUUUACCCGGCAAGCCUACCACCAGCUGGCCCAGAGGCUGCCACCCCACUCAGAUAUGAAGUCCAAAGUGCACCGCCGGCUAAUCCACCCUUGGAAGGACACAAUCCAGCACAGCUGGGGCUUUCACACGUGGCUCGAUGUGGGGCGUCUGCCUGCCACCUUUCCCACACACCCUGACAUGCCCUAUGACAGCAAUGUCUGGCGCUGGCUGACCCACUCCAAUGCCCACGACUAUCCCCCAGCAGACACCCCCAUCCCUCCUCCCUCCUGGAUUGGGAAAAACAACUUCCUGGCCUUCAUCCACUCUACCCCCAUCUUCUUGGACAUAAAUAGGAAGAGCCAGGUGAUUUUGAAGACAAAGAAGGAGCUGAAGGAGAUUCAGAAACUCAAGCUGAGGAGUGAAGUCAGAGCGCCUCCACUGGAUACUCAUGGCAACAUCAUGCCUCCUGCAAACUUCAAAAAAGCCCAGUACAUAUCUGCUGGUGGGAGGUUUGAGCCUCAAGGUCUCCCACUCCUGCCCAAUCCACUCCCCACUACUCUCGCCAGAGGCUGGCCCUGCCCAAGCCCUGUGCCUCAUUACCAGGAGAAGACGCUAAAGCUGGCCUUGCUGCCCAGCAUGCCCCUGAGUAAGGACCUCAUAAAGGAUUACCAAACCCUGAUAAAGGACCGAAUUGCCUUGCCCCUCUACCCUCUGUCCAAGGCAAAACCUGGCAAAACCUUGGGGAAGAAGAGGAAGAGAAGACCUGGAUACAUCUAGAAGGAGCCUCCAGAUGGGUUGGGACCAUGGUGGGUCCGUAGGCACCCCCCCAAAACUCCAGUUUUCUAAACCAGUGUUCCUGCAGCAGGAAGAUUUGGAGUGGCUGAUGGACUCUGGCUUCUGGAGAACAGCCUCUUCAACAUCUUCCCAACUCAAGCUGCCUCUGUACCCCCAGGCUCCUGGAGACUCUACGGAAAAUCUAAAUUGUUCAACCUCUUUCUUGGAGAUACUCGUAGCAGAUGAGGGGACCGUGGUGGGGAGGGGGGCAGAAGAGUGAGAACAUGGAGGGGUUCCAGUUCCUAAGGGCAGAACAAGGAGUGGGAAGAAAGAAGAUGAGUGUGUGUGCGCGUGUGUGCGCGCGUGUGUGCGUAUGUGUGUGUGUGUGUUUUGCACUGGGGUAAGAGGGGCUGUAAGAAAUGUAGGUAAAAAGUCACAUUGACUCUCAUAAGGUACAGAGUCCCUUAGGCAAAAAUAACCUCCCUUUCUCCCCUCCCUGGACCAUCUGACGUCUGGACAAAGACCAUACACACUGUGCUUAGGUCCAGGUCCCCAUGUAAGAUUUGGGAGAGUAGAGGUCAGGUCCAGGCCGAUGCUGGAGGACAAGAGGAUCAGACCCAAGGAAGGUUAGCCAGGUCUGAGCAGAGGACAGGAGUGGAAUGAAGUAGACCGUCAAGGUGAAAGUCAGAGCAGUUAGCCCAGAGCAUCACCUGAGGGCCUUGGGCCAUGCUGCUGCUAAUUCUAGAGGCCUCAGGGCCUGCUAUGGGGAGGAAAAGAAAGGCUGACGUGGUGGAGGCAGGCGAAGGGUAACAGCCAGAAAGUGCUCUCCUGGCUGGCUGGGGUAGAGGUGGGCCAGGGACCUGUAGGAGGCCUAGUGGAAAAGGUACAGGGCUGGAGGGGGAGAAGUCAGAGGUGAUGGCCUUACCCCACCUCCUCCUGCCCCGAUUCUGUCCCAGGUCGGCUUUUUCUUGGCCUCUUGUCUGCUGACCUCCCUAUCUCCACUUUUCUCAAGCCCCACAGGCUUGUAUGUGGUGCUGAGAAUCGAACCCAGUGCCUCAUGCAUGCUAGGCAAGCAUGCUACCAGUGGGCCACAACCCCAGCCCCUAUGAAUGUUUUUAAUCACUAUAAUGAAAUACCAGUGGCGGUCUACUUUAUAAAGUAAAAGGCUAAGUUAGUUCAUAGUUUUGGAGACUUGAAGUCUAAACAGUAUGGUGCAGGCUCUUGCAAGGCAUCUCUUGGCUGCAUCAUAUCAUGGCAGGAGUGUUUGUACAAGUUUUUGUGUAUGUCACUCUACUUAUAAAACGUCAGUCAUGGAAACUCCACCCUAAUGACCUUAUUCAAUCCACCCUAAUCACUUCCCAAAGGCCACCUUUAAAUAGCCUAGUUGGAUUAAGUUUCUACCCUCUUAAUACCUGACAGUGGAGAUUAAAUUUCAACAUAUGAAGCCUUGGGGACACUCAACCCAUAUCUAAACCAUAGCAGGGACAGAGCUCAUGAGGUGAGGAGUGGUGAUUAAAUUUCGGAGGAACAAAGGAAAGGAUGAAGAACAGGAAGAGGUCUUGAUCACCUGUGGCAUCAGUUGUAUUCUGGGACUGAAAAUAUCAGGUGGGGCACCCCCAAGGCUGCUCUAGUGCUUCAUCACCAGAGGAGUUGGGAUAAUGACAGGAUGUUUAAUCUGUGUCCUCUGGAGUCUUGCACACAAUUCAUUCAUUAAACUUUGUCCAUGUAGAGAGAAGAGAGGGAAAAAAAGUGGGGGGUGCUUUACAAAGCUGGGGAUCUAGUGAGAAGAUGGAUAAGCAAACAAUUAUAAAAUAGUAUGAAAGGGGCUGGAGUUGUGGCUCCGUGGUAGAGCACUUGCUUAGCAUGUGUGAGGCCCUGGGUUUGGUUCUCAGCACCACAUAUAAAUAAAGGAAUAAAUCAACAUCUUAAAAAAAUAGUGUGAGAAUUAAUGUAAUAGAUACCUGAUCCAGUUGGACUUACGAGUGAAGAGGACUCCAGUAGCAUACAAGUCAGAGUGUGUAUAUCCUUAUACAUGAAUGUGUGUUUGUGUGUGUGCAUAUUUGUGUAUAUAUAGGUAGUUCACAAAUAAUAGCAAAUGUCUACUAAAGACUUACUAUGUACCAGGUACUGUUGAAGAGAUUUACCAAUCAGCUCACUUAAUUCUCACAAUAUUACAAGUUAGGGCUUUGUGUGUGUGUGUGUGUGUGUGUG